UGGAAGCUCUACUAAUUCAGAAACCUCAGAAAGCUCAUUUUUCUCUGGAAGCUCUGGAAGCUCUAAAAGUUGAAGAAUACCAGAAAGCUAAAAAAGAUGAAAAACCUCAAACUCUGGAAAAUCAUAAAGCUAAAGAAGCUCUGAAAGGUCUGAAAGCCCUGAAGGCUCUGGACGCUCUAAAAGCUCUGGAAGAUAAAAAACCCCUGGAAGCUCUGGAAGCUCUGAAAGAUCUGAAAGCUAUAGUAAUUGAGAAAGCUCAUGAUGCUCUGAAAGAUAUGAUAAUUCACAAACCCAAUAAAAAAAGACCAAUGGUUCGGACAUGUCAGGCAGCUCUGAAAUUUUUGGAAGAUCUGAAAAGUGAGAAAUAUCUGGCUCCAAAAGGCUGGAAAGCUGAAAUCAUUCAUGCAGCCUUGGAACCUCUGCAGUAUAUCGAAGAUCUGAAAGCUAAAAAAGUUCUGAAAGAUCAAGCACUGAAAACUAUACUAAUUCAGAAAGCUCCACCAAGAAAAGCUUUUGUCGCUUCAGAUGCCAAUGAAGAAAAUCCCUAG